GACCGGAGACCGUCGAUUAGGUAAAUGUUCAUAUUGUCGUAAUUUAUUUGCCGUAAAACAGCUCAAUUAUUCGUGGCCCAAAAUAGUUCUGAGACUUUUUAUAUAAUUUGUGUUUACAGGUGGAAUUAAAGAAUUGACAAGUGCUACCGACAAGUUUCAGUGUCACACCUGAUGUCAUGGACCGACGGGCAGGUUUACAGUUAGGUGUAUUGCUGUUAGCGGUACCGGUACAGUAUUUAGUCUCACAGUGGAUGUUUAGUACAGAAUCUCAGAGAAGCUACGCCAUCAGAAAUACAGCAUCUGUAGAACCGAGGACUUACAGACCACCAGAAGUGAAAUAUCGUAUAGGACAAGUAGUUAAACAUAAAAGAUGGGGAUAUAGAGGUGUUAUAGUAGGCUGGGACGAGUUUGCUAAGGCUCCAGAGUAUUGGAUAAAAAAUAAUCACCCGCCAGGAAUGGAGCAUUGGAGAACACAGCCUAACUAUGCAAUUAUAGUUGACACAAGAGACAGGCUAGCCCCACAGAUAACUUAUGUGCCACAAGAAAAUUUAGAGGUCGUUGUGAAUAUGCAGAUUCUUCAUCCAAGUAUAGAGGAAUAUUUCGAAAAGUUUGACGGUGCCCAGUACUUACCUCGACCUUGGCUCAAGGCUGUUUAUCCAUAUGACUAUUAGAGGCCAACUGUGUGAUAGAGCUCAUCUGUGAUCUGUUAUCUUCAAGGAUUUUUCUGCGUAUGUGUGUGUGUGUGUGUCCCAUUCUAUCAUUUGUGGUACUCUCUACUUGUCACACACAAUGAGUACAAGGAUUUGUGAGUCCCAAACUCAACAUGUGUCACAAUUUACCAUGUGCGUUACUCUCAACAUGUCACACUCAGUGAGAACAACGAUUUUUGAGUCCCGAACUCAUUGUGUGUCACAUUGUACCAUGUGCGUUACUCUCAACAUGUCACACUCAAUCUGGAGAGCAACAUUUUGUGAGUCCCAAACUCUAUGAGUGUCACAGGAAUUUUGUCAUACUCAGCAUGUCACACUCAAUGGGAGCAACAAUUUGUGAGUUACAAUCUGGAGGAGUGUCACAGAAUUUUAUCGUACUCAGCAUGUCACACAUGUUGUUCUCUUUGAGUGUCGCACUAGUUAACAUUUGUGUAACACUCAGCACGAGUCACACCACAGCACAACUUACUUGUGGAUUGAUUUUAAUAAGCACUUAGUGUAAUGUCUUAGUAAUGUUCUCAGCUGCACAUUUUUUAUUCAUUUCUUACAAAGUUACAAAUUAGGCAAUUUAUGUUGUAAGUUUGGAUUUGUUAUUUAUAAUAUACUCUUGGAUAGGGAAUUAAUUAAAAAAACAACAUUGUUAAACUUCAUGGAGUGAAGAAGGAAUUUAUGUAAGUGUUUUUGGUAUAUUGAUGUUAUACAAUGUAUCUGAUGAUACACAUAAAUAGAUCACUUUACCUAAAAGAUAUUUCCUGUUUAAAAUCAUGUAUCUAUUAAUGGAAUUUGCACUCAAAUUUUUUUUAUAUUAAUAAGGAAAUAAUAAUAAUAAUAAUGAUAAUAAAAAAAACAUGUUUGGAUAUAUAUCAAAUCAUGUGUUAUCUUAAGAGAAAUAAUUUUUCAGUUUUACCUUGUGCUGUAAAUACUUAAAACUACAGAAAAAUAUAAUUAUAAGAAUUAUUAUGAAGUUAAGAAAUGUUAACUUGUUAUACCUUUAAAGUUUUAAAAAAAUCUUGUGCACAUAUUUAAAUUACUUUAUUCUUUACUGUAUAUUCCCCUGUUUUAUAAAACAUAAAAAUUAGCACUUUGAAAGCUCUCUUUCCUGGUUAGCAAAUAUUAAUUUCUCUUUUUAAUGUGCUUGAAAAAGCAGAAAAAAUAUUAAGUACUUAGGUACUUGAGAUUUUCUGAAGGGUUUAAAUUCCAAACUGAAAAAUGCAUCUAUAAAGAAAUGACUUAUUGUAUGUUAAAAAUGUAUAUAUUGUAAAUAAUAACAAGCUGCCAUAAUAUUUAUGUAAAUAAAAUAAAAAAAAAACGAAAUUUAAUUAACUUUGUAAUGGGUAUUCUUUCAUUUCUUUAUACAUGUUAUAUAGUUUGUCGGGUUUUCACAAAUUAACCACCUGGUCCCAUUAUUAUAUUUUGAGAUGAGAACCAGUCUGUAAACCUUGCUUUUCUGCUAUUGGUCAAAUUUCAAAUAUUUUUUUGAAGCAGCCAAUCAGGUGUUUGAAUUUUAGACUGGUUUCUGUUUCAGAGAUUUUUGACACUGAAGUCAGUAUUUACAGAAAUGUUUUGAUGCAUUUAAAUGGUGUAUAGAUAUAGAUAUUUCAGUGGGGUUAUUUAUUGUUCAUGUGUAUUUUUUUCAGUAAUUUUGUUUAAGUUCAAUGCUGUAAAUAUUGCCGGUCUAUUGUUGUUAUGCUUUUAAUGCUGAUGAGGUCAGUAGAAUUUGUUGUUAAUUUUUCUGUUUUGUUUUAUGUUGUUUAUGUUUGUUUUAUGGUAUGUACAUUGUAGUAGAAGGAAAAUUUUCAAUUAUAAUAAACAUACUUUGCAAAACAUAAGUAUCUUUAUGUAAAAUAGGGGGAAAAACAGUCAGGUUAUUUUUGUACAGUCAGACUUUUGUUUUUGUUUUAUUAAGAAUUGAAAAAUAAAAAAUAACAGAAGAAAAACUUAUUUUGGUAAUCUUUUGUAAAAAGAAGAUGUGAAAGUAUGUUUAAAUGUAUUUUUUUUUUUUAUAGAUUAUGACUUUAAAUUAUACAGUCAUGUUGUUAUGACUAUUUUUUGUCCUAGACAUUUUGUACUUAAAAUCUGAGUAAUGGUUUGUUGUAUUUUAAAUUGGAUCAAAUAAUAUUUGCCUAUUUGAGUAAUUGAUAUGUUGAAUGAAAAGGAUUUUUUUUCUGAAAUCUAUAUAAAUUACCUCAAGUGAUUGUUGAAAGGCAUGGUACUUUCUAGGGAAUAAGAACCUAAGUUUCUGUGUAAAAUUGGUUUUAUGUGUUAAAAUUAUAAAAUAACAACUUUGCAACAUUUGAUUUAUAUGUCAAGCAUAAAGAAAAUUGAUACUGCAUAUGCCUAAGGCUUAUAAAUAUUGUAAUUUGUGGUUAUUUUUUUAUAUUUUAUAUAUGUCCAAAUGUUUUUAGUAACCAGUUUAUGGUAAUUAGUCCCCUACCGGUUUAACCGGAGGGGACUUUAGGUUAACCCUCCGUCUGUCUGUCCGUCUGUCUGUCUGUCUGUCUGUCUGUCCGUCUGUCUGUCAGUCCGUCAGUCCACAAAACUGGAUCCCGCGAUAAUGCAAAAAGUACUGAAAAUAUUUUUAUGAAACUUGAUAUAUGGAUAGAUGGCAGUAUGGAGAUUAUGCACGUCUUUUUUUUUUCUUCCUAUGUUGAAAAUUCUGGUUGCUAUGGCAACAAAUAGUCUGAAAAUAU